AUGAAUCGGUGUGCUAUUCAGCAGAAGUCUUUUGCUUCCUGUGAAGAGAUGAGAGGUGGCGACUGCAGAUCUGUGUCAAUCUGUGUUGACAAGAAAGAGACGGUGAUUUGCCCCAAGCCACGGCGAGUUGGCCUUAUCCAUGCCACCAAGCCCAUCACCACCACCACGCAUAACGACCCUCCAGUCAGAUCUCUUAGAUGGCAUUUCAGCCAUCAACAAGAGGUUUGUGAUUCAAAAGCUGGAAAUGAACUGCUAGACAUCAUCCUUUCAAAGGGUGGUUAUGGUGCUGAACAAUCUGUUGCACUAAUGGCCUCUUCCCCCCCUUUUUUUUCUGGGUCGCCGCCAAGCAGAGUAUCUAACCCAUUAAUUCAAGAUGCCCGUUUUGGGGAUGAGAAAUUCACCCCGGUUUCACCACGAGCUAUCCCGUUCCCAUCCGAGCUGGCUCCGUCCCCAUCCUCCACCCGCAAAGGUGGAUGCGUGUGGACAAAUUUUGGCAACAAUCCGGCCGUAAGGAUUGAGGGUUUCGACUGCCUCGACAGGGACAGACGCAACUGCAGCAUCCCUGCCCUGGCCUAG